AUGCCGAUUAUCAUUUGCACAGUCAUAGCCUCAGAUGAGCCCAUUGCAGAUGCCAUGAAGAGGGUAAAAGCAAUAUUCUUUAAUGUUGUUGUUGACACAGCCAUUGAAUCCUUAACUGAUAAGUUUGAAACACUGGGUGAAGUGAGACACGGAUUUGGAGUGCUGCUCAAUUUCCAAAGACUGGAUGAUCAGGCAUUGAGCAACCAGUGUGACAACCUCUGCAUGACAUUAAGAACUGGAAAUGAAAGUGACAUUGAUGGAAAGGAACUGGCUGUGGAAGUCAAAAACUUGCCAAACUUACCCUCAGAUAACAUAACUGCUCUUGAGGGCCUCACCUUUAUCCACAAAAAACAUUUGGAGGAUCUGUAUCCCAAUCUGUGGGUUGCCCUGAGAAUCGUCUGCACUCUGCCUGUGAUGUGGCAGUCUCAGCAGAGAGGAGCUUCUCAAAGCUGA